UGACUUAACAUUCAAACCAUUCAAACAUUAGAUUUUACGUCGCUAACAGAAAGUAGUGAUUGUUGUAUGAAAUGCCUCGACCCGUGUCCGCACAAUCACGCAAUGAGAUGCGAAUGUCGGAAAAGGCCGGAAGACAGGCCGCGCUCGCCAAAGACCCCAUCGAGAGACUGAGACUCCGGUGCCUUCAGAGGGGAGCCGCAGGAAUACUCGGUCUCGGA